AUGGAAAGGAUAACCAAAAGAGCUCCUCUCGUCCGACUCGACACGAUCGAGGAAACAUCAGAACCAGAAGAGAGCAGCAAUUAUUGUUUGGAUUCAGCGCUGCCACGAAAACAAUUUGGAAGAUCCCUUGAUUUUUCAACUCUAAGGAGAAAAAGAAUUGGCUCUCAUUACACCAGACGAGUACGCAAUAAAACUGACAUGGAACAUGAUCAUUCGAUUUCUCAGGAAUGUACUGGUGAACCUACAAAAACAAUUAAGACUGGAGAAGGGACAAGAUCUCACAAAGGAAAAAACCGCAAUGUUAAAAAGAGACAAACAGACAACAUUAAUUCAACGGACAUGACACAAGUUAAAAUGCUCUUCCCAGACUUUUUCCCGAAGAGUUCCAUUACUCAAAUGAGAUGGCAAAGUGAAUUGGCUGGCACUAAUUAUCAAAACUACAGAAACCUGCGAAAGAGAAAGGAAGAGGAUCCUCUGAUUCAUUCUUGGCUAAACUUAUUUGGCGCUCAUGCUAUUUUUUAG